AUGAGCUACUCACCAAGCUCAGCGCAGCCAGAAAUCAAGCCAAUUCCUCAUAAGACUCCAGGGAUGGUGGGUUCAUGUGCACAAUAUUUAAAUUUCAAAAUCCGCCAACUCGAAGACACCGUUCAUAACUGCUCUCAAAAUCUCGAUGGCUCCAGAAACGAAUGCUAUGAAGAAUUGAGAUAUUCCGGUGAAAAAGAACUGGAAGUCAAGAAGCUCAUGAACCAACUCGACGAAUAUCGUUUGAUUGUGGACUCACACCAGAAGGAAAUUCUAAAAAUUCGAGCUAUGGGAUACGAGCGAAAUCACUUUUUGGAAACUCGUAAUUUCAAUUUGAGAGAUUAA